GUUGAAUCAAGACUUGAUGCAAUUUCUAUUUAAGACAUGCGGGUUGAUUCACUUUUCUCAUAUCAUUCCAUCCCUUUUACUUUCUUGCUUCUCCUUUAUCCAAAGAUGGUGCUGAAAGGGAAACUUAUUUCUGAACUUGGGAUCAAAGCAGCCACUGACAAGUGCUUCAAAUACUUGGCAACACAACUUCAUGAAUUGCAAAACCAUUGUGAAAGAGUUCAUCAUACCAAGCUGCAUGAAGGUGAAGACUGGCAUGACACUGAUAGAGUUAAGCACUGGACUUAUGUCAUAGAUUGUUGCACAUGUGGAGAUUAUCUUCGGCCUCUAUCAAUUGUGUUAUGUGGCAAGGUACACACAAGUUAUGACACUCUUGAAGAAAUUGAUGAGAAGAACAAAAAAUUGCGUUAUAAUCUGUUCGGUGGAGAUAUUGGUGAGCAUUAUAAGGUGUUUAAACUCACCAUUGAACUAAUUGAUAAGAGUGAUGGCAGUGGUGCUAUUAAAUGGAUAAUUGAUUUUGAGAAGAUUAAUGAGAAUAUUGACCCUCCUAAUGGCUGGAUGGACUACGUUACCAAUGUUACUAAAGAUCUUGAUGCUCAUCUUGUCAAGCCAUAGAGCUCCAUACGCUAUAAAUAAAUAAAAGAAAGUGACAAAUAAGUACUCAUGGUUUAGUGUAUGAGGUUGGUUAUGGAUAUAAUUAUUAUGUGUUCGUCUUUAUAACUAGUGUGCGAUGUGAUUUUGUGACAAAUAAAUCCAUACACUAUAAAUAAAUAAAAGAUAAAGUGACAGAUAAGUACUCGUGGCUUAGUGCAUGAGGUUGGUUAUGGAUAUAAUUAUUAUGUGCUCGUCUUUAUAACUAGUGUAUCAUGUGAUGUUGUUAUUGUAUAUUGUUGCAUAAGUACGUUGGUUUUUUUAUCUUUUGUUUGUAUGGAAUAAAUGUGUCGGUUAAAGAAUG